GUCUUAUCUUCGGUGUAAACCAGCAUCUGCAGUUCCUUCCUACACACGAAUUGGGAUGAAGAAGGUGUCUGGAACCGAAACAGCACCCAUUCCUUCUCUCCGGAGAUGCUGCCUGUCCCGCUGAGUUACUCCAGCAUUCUGUGUCUGUUGCCAAGCGGAAUACGAGGUGUCGUUCUUCCAAGACUGUCCCCCAAACGCUCCAGUGAUAUCGGCCUCCUCUUGUUCCCCAGGCUGCCCGCAGCGGUUCAAAUUCCGCCAGAUUCCCGGGCCAACACUGAGGGUGUUUGGGACCUACGCUGGCGCUGCCGUGCCGGGGAAAUGAGCCUGUCCCUGUCCCUGUCUCUGCAGAGCUGCCUGAUGCUCCUUGCCUGCGGUUGCAAAGAUGAAGCCCGCGUUACACAGAGAGAGGGAGCCGGAGCUCGGUGUGUCUAACCCGGCCAGGUCUAGUCUCUUCCAGCGGGGAUCAGACUCAGGGCUGCAGCCAGCCCUGAAAUCAGACUUUCACUUUCGAUACUGAUAUAUUCGCGGUUGCGUUUUUUCUUUUCUGUUUCUCCACGGAUUCGAGGAUGGUUCGGAUGGUCGACAAAGUUUGAAAUGGAGAGGAGCGUACACGUGUCUGACCUCCCCAGAGGCUUUUCAAAGCAGAGCCUCGAAGACAAGCUCAUGAUUCAUUUCUUGCGGACCAAGAACGGAGGAGGUGAAAUCAUCGACGUGGUGUUCCCCUCGGAGACACUCUCAUCUGCUCUCAUCAUCUUUGAGGAAGCAGAAGUGGCUCAGCGAGUUCUCCAAAUUGAAAAUCAUGUUCUUGCAAUUAAUGGGGAACAACACAAGUUAAAAGUGAAGUCCGCUAAUACUGUGAUCCAAGUUGAUCAGGUCAUCCCCCAUGUUUCCAUGACAAUAAACUAUGGAAAACUCUAUGGUGGGAGAAGAUUAAUAAAACAGUUUCAGAAGACGCAUAAAGAAAUUCACUUUGGUUUUAAUCAGAAAGCAGAGCAGUGCACAGUGGCCGGCCCAUUCUCAGCCAUUAAGGAACUCAGCGGAGAGAUUCAUCCAUUGCUCAGUUUAAACCCUGACCAAACCAAUGUCGACCCCAGUGAAACUCAGCACCAACAACACAAGAGCCAAGAAAGUCCGGCCAUCAGUCGUUCAAACGGGAAUGGGAAAGGUGCCCAGAAAUCAAACGCAGGUUCUAAUACCAAGGGGGACAAUUUAGAAUUGCAAACUAAGGCUGGAAUGGAAAGUUCUGUUCAUGCAACUGACAGGAAAGGCACUGAUGUGCCACGGGACAAAGAGCAACAUACAGGCACACUUCAGGAUUACACUUUAUUGAUGGACUCUGAUAUUUUUCUGUAUAUUCUGAAAUUUUGUAAAGACAGGUAUAAAAGCAUCCUGGUCAAAUACAUUGUGGAGGUGUUGGAUGUCGCUGAAGAAGGCAUCACCAUGGUCUAUCUGCAUGCAGCCCCUGGCUGUUUGGAGAUCGCAACAUCACUACAGCAGGCACAUCAGGAGCUCUCUUAUCUCUACCAAGAGUUUGAAUCAAUGCUUCGCAAAGAACAGAUCGGGAAGGAGAGUCUAACUCAUGACGCCAAACUGCUGCAGAACAUCUACGUAAGCAUCCAGGCACAAUACCCCCAAAUAAUUUUCAACGAAGACUCAAAUUAUUUUUACUUAAUAGGCACUUCGUAUGAUUGUUCCCUGGCCAAGAAGUAUCUACAGGAUUUGAAGGAGGAUCUGGAAGCACGAUCUCAGAAAGAAAAAGUUGUGGCAUUAGGCAGUGGCCCUGUAAAUGACCAGGCUAACACCAGCAAUACGUCUCACUCUCUGCAAGGAUUUAAGGACGUCAGUCAAGUAGUAUUUCCAAAGACAAGUGGCAGAAAGGAACACAAAUUGGCUACAAACUUCAAUGGUAAUGGUAAAGUUGACAGUGCCUUUAAGGCAGGAAGCAGUGCAGCUAAGGACAAUUUGGUUCCUAAUCCUGACCAGACAGCUGAGCAACUGAUGACAGGGUCUACUAAGGCGAGAGGUUCACUGGUGGAAACCAGGAGUUGGGAAAUGCAGCAAGUUCCACAGGACAGUGCAUCCACCAAAGAGGCAUUUACUAAUGCUGACAAGGCAUUAAGCAUUGGAACAGGGCAGUUUGGUGGAAGCAACAAAGAGUCUCAUACCAGGAGCAGCAAAGAUUUUUCUAUGUUGACGGAUCAAACCGAGCUACUGAGAAAUCCUGACAAAACAGGCAGUGACAUUUUAUUCCAGGGAGGUGGAGAUUCUUCCAAUCUCUUUACAAAUAAAGGACAACAGGACAAAAGUAGCAAAGGGCGUGGCCCUGUGAAGUCCUACUACUCAGAAACAUCAGCAGGGACUCUCUUUCAUCAGGGAGACCUGCUGGACACCGUUUCUCCAGCUAAAGGUUCAGAACGUCAAUCCACCAAAACAUCUUUGCGAAAAACCAACAGUUUCUCUGGAUGCUCAAAAUCAAAGCGGUCCGCAGAAGCUGUCCAUAAAUCCCAGGAAAAGCCCGCUGAAGUAGGUCAGACUGAAACAGUGACUGUCACUGAAGAGCUUCUGAUAGAUUCUGAUGUGUGGUCUUAUCUGAAAGACAUCCAUGAUGCCACCAUAAGAGAAAUUACAACCAGAAAUGUGGCUUUGGUAAAUGAGCAACUGCUGGGAGAAACGACAGUGCUGAUGUUAACAGCAUUGAACAGGGACAAUGUCACAGCUGCCAAGGAGGACAUUCUGUCACUUUACACAUUGGUCAUGAAGCAUUUGACCCAACAUCGUCUUCCUUACAAAGAUCUUGGUAUUGAAGAGUGCACAGAGAAAACUGUGGAAGAAUGGAGGAGCACAUUAAAAAAAACAUUCCCCAAGGUAAAAUUCAUUGCUUCUCAACGUGGCUUCCAUAUUAUUGGCACGUAUGAAAAUUGCUUGAAGGUGAUGGAAGCUGUUAACCCCGAGUUCAGUUCGAGAGCUUUGGAAGACUUGUCCUGGAUGGACAUUGCGCCCACAACGGCUUCUAAUCAGCAAGCGUUACUUGACGAUGUUAAUGUUGAGGGCACAGAGAGAGAGAACUUCACCCGAUCGGCUGAUGGUUUCUCAUCCUUGGGUCGAGCCAAUAGACCCGAGGGCAUCAACACUCCAGACUUCCAUAGGGAUGGCCAUGAAUUGAAUUCAAGGCAGGAAUAUGGCCCAUUUAUGGAUCAGAAGAGAUCACCAAAAACUCUCGAUGAGGGGAAUGGUUUUGAGUCAUUUCUAGACCAGGCUGAUUCUAAGGGUCAGAAGACAAUCAAGCAGAUGGGAGAUGUAGAAGGAGUCAAGACAAGGAAGACAUUACCAGAUAAAUUCCAUCUUACAACCAGUAGGCUAACGAAGGAAGGCCAGUGGUACCAUAAGGAGACCAGUUUGCAACACAAUAAGGUGGAUAGUGCAACGCAGUCAUUGCCAACGCUUUCUUAUGCCGAUAGGUCAGCCUGGUCAUUACAUCAAAGAAACAAUGGUCAAUAUAUCGCCGAUUCUGCUGCCGAUUCCAAAGGCCAAAUGCAAACAAACUAUGUGCAGCAACAAAGUGAGAGCAAUGAGACAGUGCUGCAAGAAAGCAAGACCAUGAGAAACCCUCAGCAAAGCCAAUGCAGAAGUCCAGCUAUAGGAAUGGAUGCUCUAGAGCCAGGCGAAUCAAACUCAGCAUGCUAUAACUGCAAGAAAAUGGGCAAGCCCUCAAAGCUGGGCUGUGGCCACUUAUUGUGCAAGGAAUGCCAUACGGCCAAUCAAAGUUGUCUGAUCUGCAUUCAAAAUGCUGUUGCAAAUAAAAAUGAAAUGCAGCGCCAACCUACUAUGAAGCUUGCAGUGCUGAAUAUUACAUUAAGUGGAUAUAUAAGAGAAAUUACCUUGCAAAUAACCUACAACAUCCCUGAUGGUAUCCAACAGGAGGGUGAUCCAAAUCCAGGGGAGCCAUUUAGAGGAGGGGAGUUUAAAGCCUAUUUGCCUGACAAUUACGAAGGAAAGAAUAUUUUGAUGUUGCUACAGAAAGCUUUUGUGAGACACCUGAUCUUCAAAGUGGUGUCCGAGUCUAGAAGGCAAGCCUACGUGACAUGGAAUGACAUUCCUCAUAAAACAGCCAUAAUGGGAGGUAAAGAUAUGAAUGGUUAUCCCGACGCACUCUACUUGAGGAAGGUUUUGUUAGCUCUGAAGCGCUACGGGCUUCAGUGAAGUCAGAGCUACACCACCCAUCAAGGAUGUUUUUGUAUUGUACAUAUUUUACUGCAGUUUUAUUUCAUCAUGUGUUUGCUCUUCCUACAUUCUGCACAUUCAGGAAUAAACAAGAUACUGAACGAGUCAAAGUCAGGUAUUUUAAGGUUGUUCCUCAGAAAGGUGAAUGGCUGAGUGCUUCUAACUGAUCACCUUGGGGAAAUCAAAUUUUAAUAUGUCACGUGUAUUUUCCAGAUGCUCAACCCAUUCCACUGACAUUUUACAGCAAAUUUGUAUUUAGUUUAAAAUAAAAAAUCUCAAUGGUAACACAAAA